AUGCUCCUGUCCGGGGGCGAGCCCCGGGCGCAGGAAUGGUUCAUGGUGCAGACAAAAUCGAAGCCUCGGGUGCAGCGGCAGCGGCUGCAAGUGCAGCGCAUCUUCAGGGUCAGGCUGAAUGCCUUCCAGAGCCGCCCGGACACCCCUUACUUCUGGCUGCAGCUCGAGGGGCCCCGGGAGAACAUGGGCAAAGCCAAGGAGUAUCUGAAGGGCCUAUGCAGCCCGGAGCUGUGGAAGGAGGUUCGCUACCCACCGAUCCUGCACUGUGCCUUCCUUGGGGCCCAGGGCCUCUUCCUGGACUGCCUCUGCUGGAGCACCCUGGCCUACCUGGUGCCCGGCCCCCCUGGCUCCCUGAUGGUGGGCGGGCUGACGGAGUCUUUCAUCAUGACCCAGAACUGGCUGGAGGAGCUGGUGGGGCGGCUCCGCUGGGGCCCUGCCCCUCUGCUGACCCCCCGGGGAAUCUGGGAGGCCGAGGUAACCCGGGCCUUUGGGGCCCUGGUCUGGAUCCGUGGUGACCAGUAUGCAGGGGACCUCCUGCAGCUGCCCCCAGCAGUCCAGGAGCUGCUGCUGAGCCUGGUGCGGGAUGCUGCAGGAAAGGAGGACAUCAUUGAGUGGCUCGGCCACUUUGGCAUCUCCAAUACCCACUCCGACCCAGAGGUCCUGAUCUGCCCUCCCCAGCAGAAGGAAGGCCUGGCCGUGCUGUCUGUGGGAGAGAGUCCUGGGCCCCUCCUGGAGAUGGGAAACCUCCAGCAUGCAGGCCCAGAAAAUUCAAAGAGAUUAACCACCAGGUCUCUAAUCCCAGCCCAGAGUGCACAGCAGGAGACAGCUAACCAGCUGGUACGGGUCGGUUCCAUCAAGCAAAGUGGUACGGACAGUGCUCGAGAGGAAGGGCCUGUGCAGGCCACCAGCAGCCAGGACUCUGUGAACCACACACAAACCUUGUUGCAGCACAGGCAAGUGCAGAAGGUGGAAGAUAAACUCCCCUUCCAGCCUUUGGUGUCAGCCCUGGGUGUGUGCCCAUCCUGGAAGGCCUGGGCCCCGGGGCCAGCCUUUGGGCCCCUGUGGCCAGGGGCUAUUGCUGCAACCUUCUGGAGGAUCAAUGAACUGCAUUCUCUCCACCUGGCCUGGCUCCUGUCCCAGGCGUGCUUCAGUUUUCCCUUCUGGCAGAGGCCACUGGGUCCCAUUCAGUUGAAGCUGCCAGGGCAGAAUCCUUUGCCUUUAAAUCUGGAGUGGAAGCAGAAGGAGCUGGCUCCCCUGCCCAGUGUGGAAAGCCCAGCUUGUAGACCUGAAGCGGGGCUGGGAGGAGAGGCAGCCCUACAGAAUUGCCCGAGACCAGAGACCCCCCAGAAAGUCAUGAGUUUAUUGGUGGCCCCAGGGAGCUCAGGUGUAAAGGACAAGGUUAGCUCAGGAAGUCCACAGAUAGGGCCACCUUUGACCUCUAUACCCCAACUACAAGCUGGAGAUAAGCCAGGGGAUCAAGGAGGCGUGCAGUCGGAUUGUAAGGGACUGGAAGACGGACGCUCUCCAGCAUUGCCCACAGGGCAAGGGAUGCCCAUGGCUCAAGGGAGCCCCAUGGCUCACAAGGGGCCCCCAGCUCAGCCAGUAUCUGAAGCUCAAACAGUGCCUGAAACUCUCAAAGUGCCCAUGGCUGCAGCAGUGCCCAAAGCUGAAAACCUACCCACAACUCAAGUGCUGCCUGCAGCUCCUAAAGUGCCUACAGCCCAGACAAUGCUGGCAGUGCACACAGAGCCUGCAGCUCCCAAAGUGCCACCGGCUCCAGCAAAGCCAGCAGCUCAAGUGGUGCCCACAGCUCAAAAAGCAGCUGUGGGUCAACCAGCAUUGGCAGCUCAGGUGGUGUGUGCAACUCCAAAAACUCCCACAGCUCAUAAGAUGCCUGCAGCGAAAACGUCACCUGCAGGUCCCAAAACACCCAAAGCUCAAACCGUGUCUGCCACUAAAACAGGGUCUACAGCUUCCAAAGCACCUACAGCUCUCAAAGCACCUGCGACCCCCAAAGCAUCUGCAGCUUCCAAAGCCUCCAGAGCUCCCAAAACAUCUGGAGCUCAGAAGGUGCCCACAGAUACAGGGCCAAUCUUGGACGUAGCCAAACUUCUGAGUGAGGUCCAGCCUUCAUCAAGGGCUAGUAGCUCCUUACUGAAGGGCCAGGGGGAGGCUGGGAGGCAGGGUCCCCAGCCCAGCAGCACCUUGGCCCCCAGGAGUAAGCACCAGUCUCAGGUGGAGGGUCUCCUGGGGGCUUGGGAGGGGGCCCCGAGGCAGAUGCCUCGCCACCCACAGGCGAACAGCACAGUGACCAGCUUCCAGAGGUACCACGAGGCCCUGAAUACACCCUUUGAGCUGAACCUGUCGGGGGAACCUGGGAACCAGGACUUGCGGCGAGUGGUCAUUGAUGGCAGCAGCGUGGCCAUGGUGCACGGCCUCCAGCAUUUCUUCUCCUGCCGAGGCAUUGCCAUGGCAGUGCAGUAUUUCUGGAACCGGGGACACCGUGAGGUCACUGUAUUUGUACCCACCUGGCAGCUGAAGAAGAAUCGGAGGGUGAGAGAGAGCCACUUUCUGACGAAGCUGCACUCGCUCAAGAUGCUUUCAAUCACCCCCUCCCAGCUUGAGAAUGGCAAGAAGAUCACCACCUACGACUACAGGUUCAUGGUAAAGCUGGCGGAGGAGACAGAUGGCAUCAUUGUCACCAAUGAGCAGAUUCACAUACUGAUGAAUAAUUCUAAGAAACUGAUGGUCAAAGAUCGCCUGCUGCCCUUCACCUUUGCGGGGAAUCUCUUCAUGGUGCCAGAUGAUCCCCUGGGCCGUGACGGCCCCACCUUGGAUGAGUUUCUAAAGAAGCCAAACAGGCUGGAUACUGACAUUGGCAACUUCCUGAAGGUAUGGAAGACCCUUCCUCCCAGCGCAGCCAGCAUCUCUGAGUUGAGUGAUGAUGCUGACCUGGGGUCCCUGGAGAGUCCACGGACUGUGGAAGAAAUCAGGGAGGAGAAAGAGGAGAGGCAGGAUGAGGAGCAGAGAGAGGGACCGGGGAUGCACAAGCCAGCUGAGGAGGACGACCUUGACUCUUCGCUGGCAUCAGUGUUCAGAGUGGAGUGCCCCUCCCUUUCAGAGGAAAUCCUCCGGUGCCUCAGCCUCCAUGACCCCCCUGAUGGGGCCCUGGACAUCGACCUCCUGCCAGGCGUGGCAUCUCCCUACCUGGGCAUCCCCUGGGAUGGGAAGGCUCCCUGCCAGCAGGUUCUUGCCCACCUUGCCCAGCUGACCAUCCCCAGCAACUUCACUGCACUCUCUUUCUUUGUGGGGUUCAUGGACUCCCACCGGGAUGUCAUCCCCGACUAUGAAGCCCUUGUGGGCCCCCUGCACAGCCUCCUCAAGCAGAAGCCAGACUGGCAGUGGGACCGGGAGCACGAGAAGGCCUUCCUGGCCCUCAAGCGAGCCCUGGUGUCUGCCCUCUGCCUGACAGCCCCCAACUCCCAGCUACCCUUCCGCCUGGAGGUGACAGUGAGCCAGGUGGCCCUGACGGCCAUCCUCCAUCAGGAACACUUGGGGAAGAAGCACCCCAUAGCCUAUACCUCGAAACCCCUCCUCCCUGACGAGGACAGCGAGGGCCCCCAGUCGGGGGGAGACAGCCCCUAUGCUGUGGCCUGGGCCCUUAAGCAUUUCUCCCGCUGCAUUGGAGACACCCCAGUGGUCCUGGACCUUUCCUAUGCCUCUCGGACCUCUGUGGACCCUGAGGCUCCUGAGGGCCGAAGGGUUUCCAAAGCAUGGCUGAUCCGAUGGUCCCUCUUGGUGCAGGACAGAGGCAAGCGGGCCCUGGAAUUGACCCUCCUCCAGGGCUUGCUGGGGGGAAACCGGUUGCUGACGCCUGCUUCCUCCAUGCCUCGUUUUUUCCAGGUUCUGCCUCCUUUUUCUGACCUGUCCACUUUUGUCUGCAUCCAUAUGUCAGGCUACUGCUUUUACCGUGAGGAUGAGUGGUGUGCUGGCUUUGGCCUCUAUGUUCUGUCUCCCACCAGCGCCCCUGUCUCCCUGUCCUUCUCCUGCUCCCCUUACACACCAACCUAUGCCCACCUGGCAGCUGUGGCCUGUGGCCUAGAGCGCUUUGGUCAGUCCCACCUCCCGGUGGUCUUCCUCACCCACUGCAACUGGAUCUUCAGCCUCCUCUGGGAGCUCCUGCCCCUCUGGAGGGCUCGGGGCUUCCUCUCCUCCGAUGGAGCUGCAUUACCUCAUCCGAGCCUGCUCUCCUACAUUAUAUCCCUCACUUCUGGCCUCUCCUCCCUUCCCUUUAUCUACCGAACCUCCUACCGGGGCUCUCUGUUUGCUGUGACUGUGGACACUCUGGCCAAGCAGGGGGCCCAGGGGGGUGGGCAGUGGUGGAAUCUGCCAAAGGAUGUGCCCAUUCCUAUAGUGACUCCCCAUACUAUGGGUAAGAAGCCCAACUUGCUGGCAUUACAGCUGAGAGACAGCACCCUGGCUGACAUCAUUGCCAAGCUGCAGGCUGGCCAGAAAUUGUCCAGUUCCUCACCCUUCAGUUCUGCCUUUAACUCACUCAGCCUCGACAAGCAGAGUGGCCUGCUUAUGUUCAAGGGAGAUAAGAGGCCCAGGGUCUGGGUGGUCCCGACACAGCUCCGGAGGGAUCUGAUUUUCUCUGUGCACGAUGUCCCCCUGGGAGCCCACCAGAGGCCCGAGGAGACCUACAAGAAGUUGCGGUUGCUGGGCUGGUGGCCUGGCAUGCAGGAGCAUGUGAGGGAUUACUGCAGGAGCUGCUUGUUCUGCAUUCCCCGAAAUCUCAUUGGCAGCGAGCUGAAGGUUAUUGAGUCCCUGUGGCCCCUCAGGUCGACCGCCCCCUGGUCAAACCUUCAGAUUGAGGUGGUGGGGCCGGUCACCAUAAGUGAGGAGGGCCACAAGCACGUGCUUAUUGUCGCCGACCCCAACACCAGAUGGGUGGAGGCAUUCCCACUGAAGCCCUAUACACACAUGGCCGUGGCCCAAGUGCUGCUGCAGCAUGUGUUUGCCAGGUGGGGCGUUCCUGUGAGGCUGGAAGCAGCCCAGGGUCCCCAGUUUGCCCGGCAUGUUCUGGUGAGCUGUGGGCUGGCCCUGGGAGCCCAGGUGACCUCUCUGAGUAGGGACCUCCAGUUCCCCUGCCUGACGAGCUCAGAGGCCUACUGGGAGUUCAAGAGGGCCCUCAAGGAGUUCAUCUUCUUGCAUGGCAAGAAGUGGGCAGCCUCCCUGCCCUUGCUGCACCUGGCCUUCAGGGCCUCCUCCAGCCAGGCCACGCCGUUCCAGGUCCUGACUGGGGGCGAGGUGAGGCUGACCGAGCCCCUGUGGUGGGAGAUGAGCAGCGCAAACAUUGAGGGGCUCAAGAUGGACAUCUUCCUGCUGCAGCUGGUCAGGGAACUGCUGGAGAUCCACUGGAGGUUGGCCGACAAGGCGAGCGAGAAGGCUGAGAAUAGGCGGUUCAAGCGGGAGAGCCAGGAGAAGGAGUGGAACGUGGGUGACCAGGUCCUCCUGCUCUCCCUCCCCAGGAAUGGCAGCAGUGCCAAGUGGGUGGGUCCCUUCUAUAUAGGUGACCGGCUGAGCCUGUCUCUCUAUAGGGUGUGGGGCUUCCCAUCCCCGGAGAAGCUGGGGUGCAUCUAUCCCAGUAGUCUGAUGAAGGCCUUUGCCAAGAGUGGCACACCCCUUUCCUUCAAGGUUUUGGAGCAGUGA